ACAUGUACAUAUUAAAAUUAUUUAUAAAAUGUCCUAUCGUAUAUUAGUGGAAAUUAUACAUGAAGCAUCAAUUCGUACCAAGCGUACACCAGAAGGUUUUACACACGAUUGGGAAAUAUUUGUACGAGGAUGUGAUGCUGAUAUUUCACAUUAUGUUGAUAGAGUUGUUUUCAAUUUACAUCAUACAUUUUCAAAACCAAGGCGAGUUUUAAAAGAGCCGCCAUAUAAAGUGAAAGAGUCAGGAUAUGCUGGGUUUAAUUUGUUAAUUGAAAUAUAUUUAAAAAACAGUGAAGAACCUAAAAAAAUACCAUUUUAUUAUGAUCUGCAUUUACAACCGGUGGGCGGGCCAUCAGGCCAACCCAUUUACAAAGUACAAAAAGAAAAAUACGUAUUUCAUCAUCCAAAUGAAGAUUUCCGCCAACGCCUUUUGAAAGGCGGUGCUACUUUAAUAAAUACACCAUCAAGCCAUAGUGAAAGUUCUCGAGAAUUUCCGGGUGGAAGUGACGAACAACGAUCUCAAUUAGUUGAUAAACCAAAACUUGGCGGUGAUAUGACUAAAAAACCAAAAAUACGCACAGAAGAAACAAAAUUAUCAAAUAGUUUUGCGGAUUUAUUUGGUCCACCAAUUACCAAAACUGCAAAAGUAUCACCAGAUCCUAAAUUACAACAAAUUAAAAGUUCUCCAAAGAAUAUGAAUAUAAAAAAUGAAAAAAAUGCACAACAGGAGAAAAGUAGCAAAAGUAAUAAGCACAGUCCACAAAAAGAUAAAUCAGAAAGAAGUAAGGAGAAAGAUCACAGUAAAAAGAAUAAAGAGGAGAGACGAAGUAAGGAUAAAACAAAAGAACGUGAUAAAAGUAAGGAAAAAAGUACAAAAAAAGAUAAAAGUCCACCGCGCCGUUCUAGUACAAGCCCUAGACGUUCACCAAAAAGAGAGUCUAGCCCAAAGAAAAGUUCUAGUCCAAAACGAGUCUCAAGUCCUUCACCAAAACCAAAAUUUGAGGAACGUAAUAAAUAUGAUGAAUCAAUAAAAGAAAAACAGAAUAAUGACAACACAAAAUCAGAUAAAAAGGUGAAGAAAGACAAACGAGAUAAAGUGAAAGAUCGUGAUAAAGAUAAACGAGAACAUAAACAACAUAGCAAAGAAGAAAAUAAAACCGAUAUAGAACCAAAAGAAAAUACAAUGAAAAGUGUUUAUAAAGAUACAAAUAAUGUAAAACCAACGAAAGAUACAACAUCCAAAGAUAAAGAACAAAUCAAAUUAAAAGAAAAAAUAAAGCAAUCAGAACAUCAACAACAACAAUCUUCGGUUGUAAGGGCGGAAAUAAAAGACAGUGAAAAACACAAGAGUGUUAAACAUGAGAUCAGUGAGAAACAUAAACAUAAACAUAAGAAAAAAGAUCGUGAAAAGAGUAAAAAAGAUGAUAAGGAAAGGCGACAUGAUAAAAACAAAAAUGAUAAAAUGUCAUCAGAUACACAGAUAAACACAUCAAAGGCAAUUGUAAGUAAUGAUUCAACAAAGAUAUUACCAACUGUAAAUAAUGAAAUUGAAAAAGAAAAUCAUCAAAAUAAGAAUAAUAGCACACAAGCACCAAAUAGUGAAACAUUUAUAUCAACACGCGACGAAACAUCAAAAGUUUCACGUGACAAACUAUCAACAAAUCCGUUAAACACAUUAAUUGCAGAGUUAUCAGAGAAUGAGAGCAGUGAUAGUUCAAACCAUAGCGUUAAAAAUAAUACAGAUGUUAGGAUACGAAAUAAAAUUAAUUCUAAAUCAUCAAAUAAUGUUGUUGAUUCAACGCCAACGCCACUUCCACCUCCACCACCACAACCGGUUGAAAUGCAAAAAGAAUUCGCUCCCACAGUUGUUCCACCUGUCGCCCCACCGUCAAUUGAACAAAAUGACAAGAAGAAUGAUGAUCGUGUAGAAAAAACAAAGAAAUCGAAAAAGCAUCGUGAUAAACAUAAAUCAAAUAAAAGUCCAGACAAAGAUAUUGAACGUAAACGAAAGCGAAAGUCUUCAUCUAAGAUCGAUGACAUUGAAACGUCAUCGGAUAAAAUAAUCAACAAUGAUGAACAACCACGGCCAAUGAAACAAAUUAAGGGUGAACGUAAAUUAUCUGAAGAAGAGAAAAUUGAACAAAAUACUGCGGAUUAUAUGAAUAUAUUGAAAGAUUUACAACAUAAAAUAAUGACAUUACAGGACAAUAGUGAACUGCAACGAGUUGUACAGUUAAUUGCUGAAACUGGCCAAUAUGAAAUUACACGACAAACAUUUGAUUUUGAUUUGUGUGCGUUGGAUCGUAAGACUGUGGACAGGUUACAGGAAUUCUUUAAGGCCACAUGACUUUUUUUAUUAUUCACAUCACACAUUCAAAAUAUUACAUCACUUUUCCAUUUGUGAAUUUUUUUAUUACAUGAUCACGCGUUGUUCUUUUUAUACAGUACAGAUUCACAGAAUUGUAUGAAUUACAGAAUCGUAUGGGUUAUGGUGAACAACGUUAAGUCCAUAAAUGGGUCGUUCUAUUUUCAACAGUUUUCUCGGUAUGAUUAAAACAGUAUAAUGCGUUAAAACGAUUUAACGAAUAAGUUUACAAACAUCCGUUAGUAUGCCCCUCAAUUCUUUCAACAACAAAUUUUGUGUGGAAAUUGUUUCGGAAAUACAAACAAAUAAUCAAAUUUUAAUAGCUAAUAGACCAAAUAUUAUUUUUGUUCAUUAUGAGUCAAAUUAUAAAUAAAAAGCUAAUGAGCAUCGGGAAUUCCCUUGAAACUAAUGGCCUUCGAUGAAGGGUGAGCAUUAAUAAGAAAAGAGAGAAUUUGAAACUGAUAAUAAUAGUAGAUAUCCUGCUGACAGAGUCUAUUAUAAAAAAGAAGUUAACAAUAUUUUACUGAGGUCAAGGGCAAUGCGGAACGCACAAAAUAUCUGGUUUUCAACAGCUGGCUUUCUGUACCCUUUCUUAUAUAGAACCAAUAACAUUAAUGGGAUAUCUUUCAUUCAUAUAUACCCUACAUAUGGGAUUGUUUCCCGCAAAAUACCAAUGACUAAAAUUAACUGGGUGCAACAAUUCUUUUUUUUUAAACGUUAUGGAGCAUCUUGUUACGGAAAUUCCAAGAUUCGAUGAAAAAGAUAUUUAAGGUGUCUUAUCAUUCUCUGUCAAAAUAGAUUGGCUCAAUCUCCAGCUAAGCCUAGCUCAAUCUUUAUACAUAUAAGUAGCCUCGUUAAGAAUCACAAAACCCUAAUUUUGUUACGGUAUAGUUUUAUUCAACUGGUUAAAACUGUUGAAAUAGAAUGUUAACUUUGACACAGGUGUCCAAACGAGCGGUUCAACAUGCUUUUGUUAUUGUGUCAAAAUUCAAAUGGAUAUUGUGUCAAAAUUCAAAUUUUUAAUAAAGUACAGUGUUUUUGUUUUAGAUAUUUGGAAUUUAGAUAACCAAUUUUUUAUGAUUUACCCUCUAAAACAAACUCAGUGGUUGUGUGUAUGUGUUUGAAAGUUUUAUGUGAAUUUUGAAUUCACCUAAUGGUUUAAGAGCCAAAUGUGAAAAACCUUUAACUGCUGCUAAAAGAUGAAUUUUUGUUGAUUUUAAUUUGGGACAUAAAAAAUGAGAAAAAACACAGAGAAAAGGAUAAUAGUUAUUUAAUAGUUUUUACUAGAGUAGGAAUGCAAUAUGUCUCCAAGUGGAUACGAAAUUUUUCAUGCCAUGGCUCUUUGGCCAUAAGAAUCAUUGUAUUUAUUUCGUAUAAAUAAUACCAAAAUGCAGUGGCAAAGCUAAUUAUUACGAACAUUUUUUUAAUAAAUUAAUAUCACAGUAAAAAUUUAAUCCUUGGUACUGAAAAAUAGACAUUUAAAACUGUUUAUUUAUUUAUAAUUGAGAGUCGGGGAUUCGAGGAUUAAAAUUGGACAGAAAUAAUUUUUUAUUUAACACAUUUUUAUUGUUAAUAUCUUAUGUACGGUCCUAAAUAAAAACUGUUAUGCCAAUUGACACGUAAUAUAUAAUGUCUACAAAUUACAUUUAUCCAAUGUAAAUUGAUGAUCAUUCCAAAUGGUGUGACCGUUUAUAUUUCGGAGCGUAUUCCUUUGAAGGCAUUCUUUUUUGUUUGUAAAAUGGCAUGUUUUAACUAAAGUGCAAUUAAUAACAUUUGGAAUAAAAAGUACUUAAUUUUACUAUUAUUUUU